CUAUCAAGCUUUACGCCCAGGAUAACUUAUCUGUUUAUUUAUCUUGGUUCAUAAUGAGUCGAAAUUUCAUUCCGGCAGUGCUGGCAAUUGGCAUGGGUGUUUUUACAGGAUACUACACCUUCCAGCCCGCAUUGAAAGACCUAGAGCAUGAGAAAAACUUCUCAAAAGAGUACGCCAUCGCAGUCGCAGUCGCAUGGCCAUGUGACUUCCGAUAUAUUCCUCCCUCUUCGUCCUUUCCAUCAUACAAGUACUGAUACAGCACUGUUAAAGUGACCUGAAAUCCAGACAGCAGGAACAGUCAACAGAGAAGCAAGAAGCAUCGGCUUCUACGCCAUCUGACCUUGCGAACGACUCCAAUAAUUCCGGGAAAUAAGCCACUGUCUCGACGAUUUCGGCCGUCAGCAAACCGCCAUGGAACGAUAAUGGGCCAAGGACCGCUAUUUGGGUGCCGGUUUUCGCGGGAAAUGGGGAGAACAAAAAGAUCGAUACCGGGUUAUACGGGGAAUAUGGGCAUUGAGGACGACAUCGGUAGACCAUGUUGCUAGACGCUAGAAGUCGACUCGCGCCAUUCUAUAAAAAGGCCAUAACCGGCCUGGAAGGAAGACGCACAGGACAGGAUUGUCCCGUAAGAGCAGAGUCAAAUUACGGAGAGAGCAGGAAAUUGGGCAUCGUGGCCAAUGACAGAACUGUUGUAUAACUUCCAACCUGUAA